GAGAGAGAGAGAGAAAGGAGAGAGAGAAGGAGGAAGAGGAAGAGAGAGAGAGAGAGAGAGAGACCCUUCCUCUCCCCCCUCCCCCCCCCCCCCCCUCUCCCCACCCCU